AUGGACGACGACGAUGAUAUUCCCCAACUACCAGCCGACACGCUCGCAGCCCUCCAGCUGUUCAACCGCGAAAAGGAUGCCAAGGCGAAGCAGUUUGAAGAUCUCAAAGCCCAAGCAGAGGCGGACUUUGAGAAUGGCGCUGGAAAUGGCAAGCUCAGCAUGGACCUUUUCGGUGAAGACUGGAACGCCAGCCAGUUCUGGUACACAGACGCCACUGCACGUCUUCUAGCACGACAACUGCUGCAUGGCGCGACCAAGGACUCGGCAGUCGCUGUGGUAUCUGCUCCCAGCGUCUAUGUGGCGUUGAGGAAUAUCCUUGCCGAAGAUGAGUCUCUUCCUAGACCGGAGUUGUGUCUACUGGAGUAUGAUCAGCGCUUCGAGGUUGUAGGACCGGAUUUCCAGUUCUACGAUUUCCAGAACCCACUGCGCUUGCCGCCAGCCCUGGAAGAGAAGUUUGACAGAAUCAUGGCCGAUCCGCCUUUCCUGUCGACCGACUGCCAGACGAAGACGGCGCUCACAGUACGAUAUCUGGCGAGGAACUGGUCGGGUAAUGCCGAGAAUGGCCUUCGCUUCGUCUCAUGCACCGGGGAGAGAAUGGAAGAGACGAUCGGCAAAUUGUAUGGCAAGCUGGGCACCAAGACGACCACUUUCGAACCGGAGCACAGCAAAGGCUUGAGCAACGAGUUCUUCUGCUACGCGAACUUUGAAUGUGAAGACUGGAAAUGGCGAUGA